UAAAUAUAGUAUCAUAAAUUAUGGGACAUGCUGUAUAUAUGUGUGCGGGUUUUGUGUGAGGAAUGGAAAAGAGGGAUAGAAGAAUCAAUUUCAAGCAAAGGAAAAUAAAAAAUGCAAUAAAAAAUAUAAAAAGAAAACCUUUCUGCAUGUGAGCCACUGACACCAUUAUCACUGGGGUUCUUGUUGAGAAGGUACUAUUGUGUAAAGUCAUUGUGUAAAGUUUUCAACAUGCAGCCAUCAUACUUCUGGAAACGAAACAAUGAAAAUAAAAGAGAAAAGCAAGGUCCCUCUGUAUUUAACCUUUGAGCAAUUGGCCCCAAAAAUCAGUACACAUCGUUCUAUAGUGAUACUUAGACAUUAUGCAUACUUCCAAAGCAAUAGCUAUUAUAUUGUAUCAUGUAGCGUCUGGGAAUAGUUUUACUAAUUAAUUCUGAAAGGUUUGAAAGUAUGUAGUUACUUAUAAUUUUAUUACUUAAAGAGUCCAGAAACCAUUUUCAAUUUUCAGUGUCAGUGAACUUCCUCUUGAUUUCUGCGGAAGAGCAAAUGUUUAUAGCUUCUGUUAAUGUUAGGGAAUGUUGGUAUUAAUCGAGGUUUUAUGGAAGACUACACUUUCCUGUCACUAGACCGAGACGGCAACUCACUUUUCACAUUUAUAGUGAAAUGAAAAGAAACUUAAUAAACGCAUUUCUCAUAAAUGUGUCAGGCCUGCAUGCCUUGAAAAAAAUGAUUUAUUUCCAAACAAAGUUUACAAGACUGUCUUGCUCUUCUACUUGAUGUAUAUAUCAUUUAUGUAAACAAAAGGCAGCAACGAAUGAAAAUAAUUUCUUCAUGAUAAAUGUGUAAAAGUAUUUGUAAAGUAAUCUAAAAACAAGACUACUGAUCUUCAUUUGUUUAUGUGUGACUAAUAGAUGGCGCUUCAAAUUAGAAAAGUGUACAAGGAAGUUCAACUUACCCGGGUGACAUAAGAUUCGUUUUGUGUAUUUGCGAUUUAAUUUGUGUAUGACUGACAUAUAAACGUGACUUUGGCAACAUACGUUUUACUUAUUACAGUGUUUUGUCUUCAAUUUAUGUAGGAGAUUAUUUCAAAAUUUGAAAGUGUUGCACUCAUAAUAGGAAAGUGUAGAAGGAAGUUCAACUUACCCGUGUGACAUAUGACUCGUUUUGCGUGUGUAUGACGGACAUAUAAAUACGACUUUGAUGCCAUCUCACAACCAAAGUGCUCCGGAAUGAUUAAAUGAAACAGUAUCAAAUAGGCCUUCUUUCCCUGCAAACAACCGCUGACAUUAAAGGAGUGUUUGCGCAUUUAGUGUUCUUCAAGCUGCACGCAUAGUCAAAAAUGGCGGUUCAGACGGAUAGGCGGCAUUAUACGUACAGGAUCCUGUCACUUAUAAUUGAUGUAGGCGGCCAUAUGUAUCGUACAAUUCUUACCACUGAAGCUGAGAAUACAUACGGUACAGUGCAGGCGUUUUUGUCACAUAGUAGAAGUUUAAUUAACAACAGAGGAAGAAGACUAAACCUUAUCAGCAAAAGUCAAUUCGACGUGAUGUUCCCGAAUAAUUCAGCAGCUUCGUCGGCUGAUGGAUUUGACAUGAUGCUUCUAACAUUCCUGCUGAGGAACAUCUGUCCUUCUUUUCGCGAGAGCAAAACAUGGCAGAAGAAACUUGACACACUACCACCUAAUGACUUAUCCGAUGUAGCUGACUUAGUUCGUAUAAGAGAAUAUAGAAAUAAGUUCGUUCACAGAGUUUCGAAUACCAAGACUGCUUUUACUGAAAAUACAUUUAAUGACUUAUGGAAUGACAUAACAGAAGUAAUAUACAGGCUUCAACGUACAUACAACGUUCCAAACCUGAAUAUUCGUAUUAACGAAAUAAGAAACGAGGCUCUGGACAAUCAACGAGAGGAAGAACUCAAACCCAAGAAAGAACAGUUCAAGACUGAACUUCAAAGAUGGGAGGAAAUGGACCAUGAAAUGAUGAAAUCUAUUGUCCAGGAGAGUUCCGAUAUUAACGGUACACUUGGUGAUAUGCCAGUUAAACCAGAACCCACAUGUCCUUCAAACUUGGCGUUAGGUGGCAGGUUAGGGAGAGGUGCAUUUGGUGAAGUAUUUCUUUGUUUUGAUAAAGAUACUGGUCGAGACCUAGCUGUAAAAAAGGUGAAACUGCACAGUCAAAAUGCUAAGGUUUCAAAGGAGGAAAGUGCAUUAAAGAAUGAGAUGUCUAUGUUACAGAACCUUCAACAUGAGAGAAUUGUCCAAUAUUAUGGCUACUCAUCUAGUACAAGUGAGAUCUGUAUCUUUAUGGAAUAUAUGCCAGGGGUAAGUCAUAGACACAGAAGUAGUUAUAUACCAGGGGGAUCAAUCUCUGACACAAUAAAUAAACAUGGAUCUUUAAAAGAACCAGAAGCUGCCAAGUAUACUCAACAGGUGCUUGAAGGCCUCGUCUACUUACAUGAAAAUGGGAUAGUCCAUAGGGAUAUUAAAGGUGCAAACGUAUUACGAGACAGGACCGGCAAUGUGAAGUUGGCAGAUUUUGGUAUAAGUAAACGAUUACAAACUAUAGGUAGUGUGUCAGGACACAAGUCUUUCCCGGGAACACCGCACUGGAUGGCUCCAGAGCUGAUCAGAGGAGAAACUUACGGGGUAAAAGUCGAUAUUUGGAGUGUUGGAUGUACUCUUGUCGAGAUGUUAACAAAGGAACCUCCUUGGGCUGAAUUGGAACCCUGUGCUGCCAUCUAUAAAAUAGGGACUGAGGAUUUUCCGCAAUUUACGCUUCCGAAUGAUUUAUCUCCUUGCGUUGAUGACUUUUUGAGACUGACGUUUAAACGCAUUCCUGGAGAACGACCUUCUGCUGAGGAUUUGUUACUGCAUUCGUUUGUCUUAGAGGGGCAGAGGCGGAGCUGUACUUGGCAGAGAGGAAAAUAAAUGCUUAUAGCAUUUAGGGCCAGUGUAAAUUGAUUUCUAUAUUCAGAUUGGUAAAGAAAGUAAAGAAAGGAGGUUCUAAUUAAAACCAACUUCCGAAUUGUUGUAGUUGUUCGGAAACAAUAAAUAUAUUUUAUUUUCAGCCUAAAAGUAGGCAAUGAAAAUAGAUUUUGAGAAACAUUUAGUUGCCAUUAUAUGUGCACAUUUAAUUGUAUGUUUUAUGUGAAACAGACGAAGGAAAUGCACACGUUACAGUCUGUUAAAUUGAAGAACGACAUUACAACAUGAUUAAUUUUGAACAUGAUUUGAAUUAACACAUUUUGCAGGGUUAAUUUGAAAUAGAUUAUUAAAUAAGUACAUUUUCAGUGAAAGCAUGCUUAAUUUCGCCCAGAACUUACAAGUUUAUAAUUAUGCACAUUACAGCAAAAUUAAUUAGGCACGCAUUUUAUUCAUUUGUUUACACAAAUUGCCACAUUGUUAAUUUAAAACAGGAUAUCCAGGUAAUUUGCAUAUUUAACCAUAAUCAAACUAACAAUCCGCUAACAAUCUGGCAGUUGUAGGUUAUAAUUCUGAGUGAGACGCAUUUCCAUGGUGACUAAAGUAAAUGUAUCCAGGUAUUUUGCCCUUACUUCCUUUUGAUGAAAUUGUCAGUUAUUUUCCAAGAAAGAGGAUAAUGCUUGUAAUGUAUCCAGGACUUUUUUUAUGAAAUGACUUCUAUAAAUAAUUGAAAUAUGGUUGGAAGAUGCUGUCCCCACCCCAAGACAAACAUACACCUAUUAAAAGAGGGGAAAACGGUCACAUCUCAGCAGCAGCAAGUAAUGAAAGUCUUGGUUUAUUUUUCACUGAAUACCAAGAAGAUCUGCACAUGUUAGCAUGUUCAGUAUAAAUUAAAGUAAGUUUAAUUGGUAUUAAUAAGAAGAUUAAUAGUGGUUUAGUUUAAAGAAUGGAUCAGAAAAUAGGGCACAUUUUUCAGGAUGAUUUCUUGGAAACUUUAAUAAGUAAACAUUCACCACUGCAUGUACUGUUGAUAUAGUUCGUAAUUAUUAAACUUAUGGCAUAAUUUAUUUGAAAAAAAGAUCGAACUGUGUCAGACUUAUUUUUAAACUAAUAUUGAAAAAAUAUUUGUUUACAUUUGUGGUAGAAAAAUACUUAAAUGUAUUUCAUAGCUUGUACAAAAUGAUACUUUUGAAAAAUAGACAUGGAUCUGCUUUCACCAUUUGGUGAUAUUUAGUUUGCACAUUUUGUUUUGAUGAGUCAAUUGAUGGGUGCCUUAUAUAUACUGUGAAAUUGUAAAUAUUUGUGUGGAUAAAUGUUCAUGGAUUUUGUUGUUGCGUCAAUCCAUCAAAGUAUAAAGCCAAUGAAUAAGUAAACUUACCAAGGCUACAUAAUAUUAUCUUUAAAGAUUGAAGUAAACAAAUUCAUAUCCCUUGUUAAUGGCCAUUUUGGUCAAAACCAUCAAAUGUCAUGUCCACAAAAUAAAAUUAUUUCACAUUAGGUAGAGUGAAUGGUGUCCAGGCUAGUACACCAUAGUGUCAGUUGUAACAGUCCACAUAAAGAUGUUAGAAAUUUCAACAUUUUUUUUGUACACAACUAAGGCACAUGCAAAAAAGGAGCAUUUUAUUACUCGAUUUUCACUGAAUAAUUAAAAAUGUUAGAACGAAAUAUAUCUGGUAAUUUCAUGGUGAAAGAUGUCAGUUAUAUUUAACAUUGGUACAGAACUACAAAAUGCGUUACAUUUUGUUAAAAUCCAUUUGUUUCUUUAAGAAAUAUUGAAGAAACGUGACAGGUACACAAUGGAAGAUAAAUUACCACUUGUUCAAUAUCCAUAGUACAUAUUUACCGAACUCCGCGUUUUAGGUAUGAGAUGCGCGAUUGAAAUGGGUUAGUCUAUUUUCUCGUUCAUGACCAUGGUUCUUAUAGAAUUCCUAGGAGAAGGGUAUAACAUGUACAGAGGCAUUUUUUUCUGGUCUGGUGCCAGUGGUAGGUCAUAUUCAACUGGUUCCCUAGAACAGUGUUCCAAAAUUGUAGAAUAGUUUUCUGAAAUUGUUGUUAUUGCGAUGAGGUAGAACAUAUUCCUUUGGCUCUCUAGAACAUUGUUCCAAAAUUUUAGAAUAGCUUUCUGAGAUUGUUGUCAAAGAGAUAAAGUAGGCCAUAUUCCAUUGGCUCCCUAGAACAGUGUUCCAAAAGUUUAGAAAAGUUUUCUGCAUGUGUUGUCAUUGAGAUAAAGUAGGUCAUAUUCCACUGACUCCCUAGAACAGUGUUCCAAACUUUUAGAAUAGUGUUCUGAAAUUGUUGUCAUUGAGAUAAAAUCGGUAAUAUUCCUUUGGCUCUCAAGAACAGCGUUCCAAAAAUUUAGAAUAGUUUUCUGAAAUUGUUGUCAUUUGGACGAAGUAGGACAUAUUCAACUGGCUGCCUAGAACAUUGUUCCAAACUUCUAGAAUAGUUUUCUGAAAUUGUAGUCAUAUAUUGAGAUGAAUUAGGACAUAUUCCAUUGGCUCACUAGAACAUCCUUCCAAAAUUUUAGAAUAGUUUCUGAAAUCGUCAUUUAGAAAAAGUAGGCUAUUACUCUGGCUCCCUAGAACAUUCUUCCAACAUUUUAGAUCGGUAUUCUGAUAUUGUUGUCAUUGGGACAAAUAGGUCAAAUUCCAUUCAUACCCUAGAUCAUUGUUCCAACAUUUUAGAAUAGUGUUCUAAAAUUGACGUCAAUGGGAUGAAACUGGACCCUUUACUGCUCUGGUAACCAGCCUUAUUGAGAUCAUCAGUAACAGAUAGGAACCAAGACCUAACUUUCUAUUGUUGCAAUCAUAUAUUAUGCAACUUUUGUUGGCAGCAGAUUUUGCUAGAUAAUAUCUUAUAUACAGAAACAGAUUUUGUCCGAUUUCUAGUGGAGAAAUGAUUCAUUAAAAUCAAAAUACUUGCGAAAAACUAAUUUGAUUUACAGAUUUUAUUGUAAUUAUUUCAUCAACGAUUGUCAGAUAAUUAUUUUUGCUUGCAGCUAAUAUUUUCUCAUGUUAUCAGCGUGUGUAUAUUAUACCUUGGACUAUAGACUGACUAUUAUUCACAAAGGUUUUAUUAUUGGCUUAUAGUCCAGUUGUUUUAUAUUCAGUAAUAUUUGCAAUUUUAAUAUUUAUUAUUGUUUUAUGUCUCCCCCCGGAGACAUAUUGUUUUUGCCAUCUCCGUCCGUCCGUCCGUCCGUCCGUCACACUUCAUUUCCAAUCAAUACCUGGAGAAUCAUUUAUCCUAGAACAUUCAAACUUCAUACGGUGGUAUGGCUUAUGGAGUAGACGGCCCCUAUUGUUUUUGGGGUUACUUCGUCAAAGGUCAAGGUCACAGGGGCCUGAACAUGCAAAACAUUUUCUGAUCAAUAACUUGAGAGCCACUUGACCCAGAAUGUUGAAACUUCAUAGGAUGAUUGGUUAUGCAGAGUACAUGACCCCUAUUGAUUUGAUUUUAGGGUCACUCUUAUAUAAGUCAAGGUCACAGGGGCCUGAACAUUCAAAACCAUUUCCGAUCAAUAAUUUGAGAACCACUUGACCCAGAAUGUUAAAACUUUAUAGGAUAAUUGUUUAUGCAGAGAGUAGAUGACCCCUUUUGAUUUUGGGGUUACUCUAUUAAAGGUCAAGGUCACAAGGGCCUGAACAUGGAAACAAUUUCCGGUCAGUUACUUGAGAGCCACUUGACCCAGAAUGCUGAAACUUUAUAGGAUGAUCGAACAUGCACAGUAGAUGACCCCUAAUGAUUUUGGGAUUACUCUCUCAAAGGUCAUAGUCACAUGGGCCUGAACAUUGAAAACCAUAUUCGGUCAGUUAUUUGUGAACCACUUGACCCAAAAUGUUGAAACUUCAUAGGAUGAUUGGUCAUGCAGAGUAGAUGACCCUUACUUAUUUUAGGUUCACUUUAAUAAAGGUCAAGAUCACAGGGGCCUGAACAUGCAAAACCAUUUCCGAUCAAUAACUUGAGAACCACUUGACCCAGAAUAUUGAAACUUCACAGGAUGAUUGGGCAUGCAGAGUAAAUGACCCCUAUUGAUUUUGGGAUAACUCUAUUAAAGGUCAAGGUCACAGGGGCCUGAGCAUGAAAAACCAUUUCCAGUCAGUAACUUGAGAACCACUUGACUCAGAAUGUUGAAACUUCAUAGGAGGAUUGGAUAUGCAGAGUAGAUGAUCCACAUUGAUUUUGGGGUCACUCUAUGAAUGGCCAAGGCCGCAGUCGAUAGAACAUGGUAAUCCAUAUCCAGUCAUUUACUUGAGAACUAUUUGACCUAGAAACUUCAAAUAUCUUAGGGUGAUAGGACUUACAAAGUAGAUGACCAGUAUUGUUUUUAGGGUCAUUCCAUUAAAGGCCAAGGUCAUAGGGGCUGAACUCUUUUCAAUCAAUAACUUGAGAACCACUUAACCCAGAAUGUUGAUACUUAAUGAUUGGACAUGCAGAGUAGAUGACCCUACUGAUUUAAGGGCCACUCGAUCAAAGGUCAAGGUCACAGGGGUUUGAACAUGGAAAACCUAGUAGGAUGAUUGGACAUGCCAAGAUCCCUAUUGCAGCCAGCCAUCAGUGUCUCUUUGACUUUUGCUCCUGUCCCCUAUUGACUUCUUGCCUAAAUGACUAUGCACUGGGGGAGACAUGCGCAUUUCUACAAAUUUAAAGCAUUUUCUAGUUUUACUUAUGUUGGCAAACAGUUCAAAUCUUGUCAAAACAGCCAUGAAGAUUUUACUAGGAUUUUGAUUAAUCUCUUCAAGUAUUUCUAGCUAAUUAUCUUUUUUUGGGAGAAAUAUGCUCAACCCAGGUCAUGAGGUCAGAGGUCAAGGUCACAGAGGUCAAAGAUGCAGUAGGUUAAAUUUGUGUCCGCUACGGAUCGUCUUAACCACAGGAACGAGUUUCAUGAAUUUAAAAUCAAUUGUUAACCACAUUAAGACAACUUGCAGGUCUUGCAUCUUGCAAAGUCUCUCUUAAUAGGCAUCGUUGAUAAUAAAAUUUAGCAUAAUAAAAUAUUUCUGAUAUGUUGUAAUAGAAAACAAUAAUGGCAAAUUAUUUGUAAAGUAAACCAGGCUGUUAACUAUUCAGUUAUGUAAUAAAAGUGAUGUGAAUAUUACCCAAUCUACUUUUGAAGUCCCCAUGGCCAAGACUUAAAUUAAGAAAAUCUAUGCAAUUUUUAUACUUUUUUGUACAGACUUCAUCAAUACCAUUGUUUCCGCAUAUUGUCAGAAAUAAAUAACUUGUUAGCUUUUACUUAAACUUAGACAGUGUUGUCAGUAGAUUCAAUUUGUCAACUGUUUCUGUAUUCACAUCAGUGACUUCAUGAUUUGUCAGAAAUUUCCAGAUUGCCAGAAACAAAAUUUUUGCCAUACUCAGAAAAUAGUAUUUCAUAUAAAAUAAAUCUAUUUGUUAUUUUGCAAAAAUAAAUAUAUUUGUGUUAAGUGUCAGACUUUUUGUUUGACUUAUUAUGUUAAGUUGUGUAUUUGUUAAAGGUGAGGCUAUAACAAGAUAAUUUCCGAGGUAGAUAAGCAUUACAGUCAAACCUGUCAUAAUGGUCAUCUGUAUUAAGCAGCCAUUUGCCUUAGGCAGCCUGUCUGUGAGCUUUUCUCUAAAGUUCCAAAAUUGAUUUUUCAUUCUAAUUUCAACCAAACCUAAGUAGCCAUCUGCAACCGCAUUGUAUCAUUUCCUUUGCUGGCUGCUUAAUACAGGUUUGACAGGAUGUAUUAAAAUGUAUUGUACUAAGGCAAAUGAAAGUAUCGUAAUAAGGCAAAUGUAAGUACAGUCAAACCUCUGUAAAAGACCACCUCUGAAGAGAGACCACCUGACUCUAAAGACCACAUGUUUUGCUUCCCAUUUUAUGAUUCACAGUGGAUUUUAAUCUGUGAAAAAAGACCACCUCCCAAUAAAGACCACAUUUUGAUUCUUCCAAGUUUGACUGUAUUGUGAUAAGGCAAAUGAAAGUAUCAUAAUAAGGCAAGUGUAAGUAUCAUAAUAAGGCAAAUGUAAGUAGUGUAAUAAGGCAAAUGUAAGUAUCAUAAUAAGGCAAAUGUAAGUAGUGUAAUAAGGCAAGUGAAAGUAUCGUAAUAAGGCAAAUGUAAGUAUCGUAAUAAGGCAAAUUAUAGUAUCGUAAUAAGGCAAAUGUAAGUAUUGUGAUAAGGCAAAUGAAAGUAUUGUAAUAAGGCUAAUACAUUCAGCAUUAUCCAAGUUACUAGGAUUUGUACUGCCACCAGAGAAAUGUUUUUUAGUUUUAUUUUAAUUAAAAAAGUGCAUUCUCUGAGGACUUACUGGACUCAAUGUUAUUACAAUAUCUGGUUCUUUUUGAUCAUGGAAUCCAUUUAAUGUAGAUUAAUAAUUGCCUUCUACUUGUGGUAAGGGCAGUGAGAAGUGUUGUUCAUUUCAUUACCUCUUAUAAAGAGACUCAGUUAAACCGGUCAUAUUACUGUUUUGAUUGGAUGAGAUUUAGGUUUGCAAAAGGUCUUCUCAUAUAGGCUUAAUUGUCAGUUAUUGGUAUUGGCCUAGAAUUAUAUAUACUGUUAAUGAUAUAGAUAUGAAAAUAUGUUUGUUGCAAGAUUGUUUAUACUGUUGUUUUUUGUUAAUAAAAAAUUGAUUGUUGCAUGGUAGCAGGGAGUCUUUAUACGUAAACCUUUUGAAUAAGUAAUUUUAUGGAUUUAAGAAGGGUGUAUAGAAGUGAUUACUUCACUGUAAGAACAAACUAACUGUCUACCUAUCGAUAAAGUUCACCCUCGGGAGCAUCCAAAAAGCUUUAUUUGCAAAUUGUCUUUAUUAACUGGUUAAAAUAUAUUGUCUUUAGUUUCAGGCGAUCUCUCUUCACAGCUAGUCUGUAAAAGAGCAAAGAUCUAAUUGUAUUUUCUCAUUUAACAAAAAAAGGACAUUAAUUUUUAACUUUUUCACAGUAAAAAUUGCUACAUUUUCUCUGGAAAAAUGGAUUAAAAGAAAUAUUUCUCAUUCAAAUGGGGAAAAAUGAACUUUUCCAUAUGGGAUUUUAUAUCUCUACACCAUCCCCUAAACAUUCACAAAUGAGAUGAAUUGAAAAGUGCUUGCCAGAAUCAAUUCUAGAGAGUUUUCCUUUAUGUUAAAAUGUAGAUUCCAUUGUUUUGUAAAUACUGAUGUCCCUACUUGACAUGAAAAGCAAAAUGUUAUAUAGUUUAUAUCUUGCUUUUAGCUCACCUGAACCAAAGAUUUACGAUGAGCUGUUAGUACAUGUUGAUAGUCCGGCUUCUGUUAUCUAUUUUUCACAGUUUUGUAUAAACAACUUUUUCUCAUGAACUUCUUCUUGUGAACCACACAACGGAAUUUGAUCAAAGUUGGUUAAAAGCUUCCUGGCAUUGAUUUCUAAGGUUUGUUAAAAUGUUUUGGUUUUGCCGCAGGACUUUAAAUAGAAAAAACAACAACAAAAAAACAAAACAUUUAAAUGAUUUAUUGAAAUAAACUGCCGGAUGGAUCUUGACCAAACUUCUUCUGUAGUGUUCACAAACUAAGCACCCAAGAUAGAAACACAAAAGAAAAAUCCUUUAAAUUGGUUUUAAUUAGGGUAAAAGCCAUCAAACCAUGUGUUCUUGUGAACCAUUUGCUGAAUUUUGACCAGACUUUUGCCUCCACCUCAGUGUUUUUCAUUUGAAGCUAAAGGACCUGUCAUGAUAAUUGGCAAUUAUGUUUAAUCAAAAAUAUUCUGGUAUGCUAAUACAACAUGCUCAAGUCAGCUAUAUAGUUCCUGCUAGCACAAACCAGAGAAGUAGGAAUCGCGUAAUUUAUGUAAAAUUUGGAACUUUUAAAAUUGCCAGUUGCUACCUUGCUUUUUCUAUAACUUUGUUAUUUAGGUGAGCGAUGUAGAGCUGCAUGCGGCCCUCUUGUUCAUUAAUUUGAUACAUUGUAAAUAUACAUGUUUCUAAUUUUGAAACACAUUAUUUUGUAUAAUCAAAAGAUGUGCUACUUCUGUUCUUGUAAUAUCAAUAUAAAUCUAUUAUACUGUGUGUGAUUUAACCAUGGCUUGUUGAAGAGGUAUUCAAAAUAUGCUAUUAAUAUUGAAAUAAAAUAUUUGAACUAUG